AUGAAUUCUUCCAUUGAACUUUCAAAAUCUACUCGACUUAUUGUUUGGAGUGUUUCUGAUGAUGAUUAUUAUAGUAGAUUAUUAAAGUUAACUAUUGAUGAAAUUUUAUCAAUAACACAAAUUUAUCAUUUGGAAAUUUCUAAACCAAAUAUUUGUUCUACUGAAAUAAUCAAAUUAAUCGAUAAAUUACCUGCACUUGAUUCAUUAAAAAUCUUUUCUUUGAAUUUAUUAGAAUCAAUAUUUGCCAAUUUCUACGAACAUGAUCUUUAUAUGGUAGCAAAUAAAAAUAAUAUCAACAAAGUUUAUCUCGUCAAAAUGAAUGCUAUUGAAGAAGUUUAUUUUCUUAUAAGACUUUGUCCUCGUAUGACAUAUCUCAAAGUCAAUUUGAUCGAUAAUAUAGAUUAUGAAGUGUUUCUAAAAGAUCUUUUAAUGAAAAUUAAUAAUGAUUACAAUCAAUAUCUUCGUUCAUUAUGUCUUUAUAUUCCAACAACAAACAAUGAAAUGAUUAACAAAUUACAAGAUAUGAUCAAUCAUGAAAAACUUUUUCAUCAUUUUACCAUUAAACUUGAAUUUGAUAAUAAUAUGUUGUAUCUUCAAUGGAAAUGA